GCACUUUUCUGUAUUCUAACCUCAGCCUUUCCCCUUACCUAAAUAUUAUUGUUUUAUUCGAAAUGGACUCGCUCCAAGUUCCUCGGGUGAGCCAUGCACGGCCGCGCGAGGCCGACAAAAAGCUGCGUGAGACUUCUCCAUGGUGGACAGCAACGGCGGCGAUAUUCGUGCAGCUGGCUGGGUUCGCCAUGCUUCUGCUGUUUCUGACCAACUCGCUGGUGGUAUCAACACCGUCCAGCUGGAUACUCGGCCGCGACUACUCCACCUCCGACUACGCCGAGGGCGCACGCGUCGAGCGGGCCAUGGCCAAUGUUUCGGCAGUAGCGGCAGCAGGCUAUACAAAGGCAGGCAGACUUGACCGCCGCCUGGUAUUUGACGUGGAGCGCGCGCUGGACGACCUGGAGGAAAUCACCAAGACCCCGCAUUCGCUCAACGACAAGCGCAGUCUGGUUGUGCGCGACUACCUGCGCAAAACUAUUAGCCAGAUCAUCCAGGACUCGAACGCCGAAUUCUAUGACCCUGGUGGUGAAUGGCACAACCGCAGAGACAGCUCGCUGAUCGUGCGUGUGCCGGGAACCAGCGACGAGAAAGAAGCCGUGCUUGUUGAGGCCCACUAUGAUGCAGUGCCAAUUAGCUACGGUGCCUACGACGAUGGCGUAGGCGUGGUAGUUUGUCUGGAGCUGCUUCGCAACGUUGUGCGGUAUCCGGUCCGCCACCCCGUGGUCAUCAACAUUGACUGGGGAGAGGAGGAUGGACUGUUCGGUGCCCAGUUGUUUGCCCGCUUCCACCCGUGGGCCGAAGACGUCCGCGGGUACCUGAACCUCGAAGCCGGCGGUGUGGGUGGCCGUGCAGUUGUGUUCAGAGCAUCGCACCAGAAGCUGCUAGAGGCGUACCAGCGCGCUGUCGACAAACCGUCGGCCUCGUUGAUUGGAAAUGACGCCCUGAAGCUUGGCAUUGUCAAGUCUGACACUGACUUCAGUGUCUUUACGACAAAAUACGGCAUCCCUGGCAUUGACAUUGCCUUCGCCGAUCACCGCAACUUUUACCACUCGGAGCGCGACAACUUCCACCAGUCGACCUCUGCCAGCGUCUUGAGCAUGGGCGCCGUGUCGCUGAGCACGCUGCGUGAAAUCGCAGACUCACCCGACAUCCUCAAGUCAAUUCCACGCUCAUCGCUGCUGCCAGCCCGGCCUGUUGCCAAGAAUGCCAGCCAGCUGAGUGCAGCAGUGGAGCCAGCAGGCGAAGAACAGAUUGUCAUUGAGAACCUACAGCAUGUGGUGGUCAGACACAACCCAGUCGUAUACAAUGCCAUUAACAGCGCUGUGUUCUAUGAUAUCCUCAACCGCUUCAUGUUCGUGCGCUCGUACGGAUACGAGUUGGCACUCAACAUCAGCAUUGGCAUCCUAGGUGUUCUGGCCGUCAUUGCUGCGCAAUAUCCGUUUGUGCGGCCGGUUGCUGGAGUCAGCGCUGAGGAGAUGUCCGACCUUCAUGUCGGCAAGCGUCUUUGGCUGCAAUGCAGGCGGAGCGGGUUCGUUGGUGGCCUGCUUGAGGGCUUCGGGGUGCUCCUGGCCAGCUGCAUCUCCAGCCUAGCAGGAUCGCUGAUCUUUACCGGUCUAAUGGUCUCUCUGGUGGUUCCGCGUCUGGUCUACACGCAUGUCUUUCUGCAGGUGAUGCUGCAGUUUUCGGCUGCUGCACUUUCGAUCAUGUGUGUGCUGACUGCGUGGGUGCGCCGCUCGCGGCUGCGCGACAUUGAGCAUAUGGUGUGGUACUCACACGGCCUGCUGCGCUCGGCAGUGCUGCUGUUUGUGGUUGCCCCCUUGAACGCCCACGAAAUCGGGCUGAUGUACCGCGAGCAGUGGUAUGCAAUUGCGGCGCUUAUAUCGACUGGUUGCACGGCCGUGCUCGAUGACUCUACCGGAAUCGGCAAGCUGUGGAGGGCUCGUCUUGCAGCAGCCACUGGAGAUAGCAUCACCCAGUCUUUGGCUGACCGCCAGAGCGACGAGCAUGCUGAGCGGCUGUUGACCCGUGCGAGCAGCAACACCAGCAUCAGCCAGACCGUGCCGGGAACUCCUCGCAACAACCCCACCACAUACAUUGCCAUAACACAGCACAUAUUCUCUGGCAUGCGCUUCAUUCUUGGUGUGCUGGCACCGCUGGUCAUUGGCUCCGACACCCUGCUGCGUCAGCUCGUGAUUCUCAAGGACCAGAUCCCUGACGGAUCCCCGCCAAUUGCCUGCUUGGCCAUCGCAGCGCUGGAUAUCACGACGUUCCUCAUCUUCAUGGCUCCCUAUGCGCUCAACACCAUGAUCGACCUGGACCGCUACUGGCUGAUCCACUACGUCAGCGAUCAAUCCACCACCGCUCUCCAAAAGCUGUGGUCCUCUGGAUCGACACGUGCCCUGGAGGUCCUGUCAUCGGCAAGAUCCCAGAUCUCGCUGCAUACGAAUCGCGCAGAGUCCCAGCGUGAUAUCGACGAGGAAUCGCAAGGGAUUAUGUCGCCGCGUCCCGAGUCAAUCGACGACGACAAUAUUCGCAUCCUGGUCUCCGGCAACGAGCGUCCAUCGAAUGGCACCGAGGAGGAGCGGGCAGCAGCCCAGAGUGGCUCAAACAGCGUUCGCUCAAGCAUAGAAUCAGGCGAUGACGAGCUGGGUCGUCGCCCGCUCGGCCAACUGUACAAGAAACGCGAGGCCCCCGAGACCUAUUGGUCUGCGUAUGAUCUACGCCUGGACCGCUGCCUGGAUUUUGCUGGCUAUGACAAAAACACCAACCCACUAAAGGUGCGGGUGUUCCAGUCCACCCAGGUGUCAACACAGUGUGCCGACGGCUGCGUCAGGAGUUCGCUCAGCCUGACCUCACCCGACAGCAGCGGCCUGGCCCGGGUCGUCCGCAGCACGGCGCCUGCCCAUGUCACACCUGUGUGCUUCACGAAGAGCGCAGCUGAUAUGUACCAGUGCAAGCUGCCGUGGGUACCUCCUGCGGAUGGCACAUGGAACCCAGUCACUGCAAUCAACGUCACUAGCGUCCAGCGCUCUGCGUCUUCUACUGAGCACGGCACACUGUUUACUGUCGAUGUGCGCUUUACUGCGCCUGAAUCGCGCACAUGCUACAUUGACUUUGGCAAGCACCGCGGGUUCUCGCCCAAGCAUAUCCAAACCCUGAUUAGUCGCGUUGUGCUGCCAGUGCUGGAGCGUGCUGGGUUUGGCGUCAAGCCGCUGAUCACUGGGCCGCUCAUCGACAGGGAUCCGAUCUUUGCCAGUCGAAUCUACGCCCACCGUCGUUCGUUCGAUGGCGACCUUCUGUGCUGGUCGAGCUGA